AUGUCUGCGCCAGGCUCGCCUAGAAAUGUGCUUAAAACAUCCCUCCAAACUGCAUACGCUGCCGCCAGCGCUGAACAGCCAUCUUCACUUCCGACUCGGGAAGAACAAGACAAAUUCCUCGAAGGCCGCCCUCGUGCGACUACUCACCACUUAGGAAUUGCGCUUCAACAUGCACAUCAGAUUCAGGCACAGAAAGAUGCAGAGGGAAUGAUCUUGGACCGUAUUAUCGAACUUCUCGCGCUUCCCUCCUCUCCGUCCGCCGACCCAGCAACACCCUCUCCCCAAGACGCCCAGCUGUUUAAAUCAGCACUAUAUCCAUUCCGACCAAGCGACUAUGAUAGCCUCGUGGAAGAACGAAACAAUGAGGAUCUAUGCGGCUACGGCCUUUGUCCUCGCAAGAAUCGCAAAGACAAUUAUGGCCGAGGCCAAUCGUUCCGAUUUAAAUACGGUGCUAAAGGAAGUGGACCUGGAGGUCGAGGGCGCAGUGUGAAUAUUGUGCCUAGCGACAACAUUGAGAAAUGGUGCUCUGACCAAUGUGCUGAGCGCGCUCUCUACAUUCGCGUACAACUCGGCGAAAAGCCAGUGUGGGAGAGGCGGGCAAAUGACACCCAUGCCAAAAACAUCCAAUUGCUCGAGGAAGGUCGUGCCAAAUCACAGAAACCCAGGAUUGGGAGCUCAAGCGCCGCUUUGCGCACUUCUCAGCUAGAUGGAAAUGAUCACUUGACGGCUGGUAUGAAGGACUUGAAUAUCCAGGACAGCGAGCGCUCGGAGGAGCUUGCCUUGGAACGCGGUGAUACAGGUCAUAUACAUCGUCAUGGGCGCGUUGGUGUCCAUGUGAAAGAAAAUGAACUUGGCAAGCAUUCUGCUGCCAGUGCCCCGCAGCCACGGCCGGAGGAUGCCUUAGGAGGAUCCAUAGAAGGAUAUGUGCCGCUGGACCGGCGAGAUAAAGCGUCCACUCCAUAUGAAGGAGAUCUGCUUGAUCAGAUCUGA